AUGCUUUCAACAGAAACACUUGAGGUUGUAAGACACCAAACUAGCAUCUGGGCAGUAACGACUCGGAUUGCAGUCGUUGACGCGGUUGUCUCAGCACCUGUCGCUCUUCCAUCAUCUACAGAAUACUGUAGUAUCAUUCAUCGCCAAGAUACUAAUUUUUGCCCCGGUGAUUACGUCGGGUUCAUGAUAUGCCUUGUCGGUUUUUUCAUUGGACUAAUCAUAAAUAUUUUCGCUUGCUGUGAAGCGUCGCAGAACGAUGUCAAGGAUUUGAUCGGUUGGUUGAAGUAUCGCCCAAAAGAGGAGUGGGAAGAUAUUAUAGAUUCGCGAGCCGAGGCUUCGGGUAACUGGACAGAAUGUUUACCCUACCAGGUGCAUCGUUUGAAGAAAAAGAAGAGAUCAUUGCUUUCCAUCUUUCGGGGAGCUUCAAAUGCAAUCAAACAGGACAAUGAUGUUAAAGAUUACAUACGAGGCGUGAGGGAAAUUUCGGGGUAUCAUUAG